GGGAUGGCUCUGCACAGUUUCAUUCUCUGGGUCUUACUAGCCUCGUUGAUGAAUGCUGCUGGAGUUUAUGCUGACUGCUGGCUCAUUGAAGGGGAGAAAGGAUUUGUGUGGCUGGCCAUUUGUAGCCAAAACCAACCACCAUACGAAUCCAUUCCUCAGCACAUCAACAAUACCAUAGUGGACCUCCGGCUGAAUGAGAACAAGAUCAAAAGCGUUCAGUAUUCCUCGCUCAGCAGGUUUGGUAACCUGACGGAACUCAAUUUGACCAAGAAUGAUAUUUCCUACAUUGAGGAUGGAGCCUUCUCCGCCCAGUAUAACCUGCGUGUUUUGCAACUGGGAUUCAAUAAACUUCGGAACAUCACUGAGGGAAUCCUGCGGGGGCUGGGCAGGCUUGAAUAUCUCUAUCUCCAGGCCAAUCUUAUUGAGGUGGUGAGCCCCAAUUCCUUUUGGGAAUGUCCCAACAUUAUGAACAUCGACCUGUCCAUGAACCGGUUGCAAACCUUGGAAAGCUCCACCUUCCUAGGUCUCAGCAAACUUACUACUUGUGAACUCUAUGGCAAUCCAUUUUAUUGCUCCUGUGAUCUGCUGGGCUUCCUGAAAUGGCUGGUGCAGUUCAACAACACCACCAGGAGUUAUGAUCGGAUGCAGUGUGAAUCCCCGCCUCGUUAUGCAGGCCAUGCCUUGCUGAGCCAAAGCCAGACACAAAGCGCCUACAGCUUGCUUGUCUCAACAUGCGCUGACACCAACAUCUUUGACCCCAAGUUCAUGCCAACCCAGAUGCCCUCAACCACGACCACCUCAGACAGCCUUUGUGGAGCUGAAGACUGCUCCUCAGGUGAUGAUCCCACUCCCAUUAUAACCUUCCACUCCCCUACCCGCGAAACACGUGCACCAGCAAUAAAGGUGGAGCAGGUUACCUACACAAGUGCCACUUUGUUGGUGCAGAUUCCCCGGCCGUUCAGUAAAAUGUACAUCCUGGUGGAAUACAACAACAGCUUUUAUGCAGAUAUAAAGAAGUUGCAAACAGAACAAGAGGUAAUUAAGCUGGACAGGCUCCAGCCCCACACUGCCUACACAUACUGUGUGGCUUCUAUCCGGAAUGCCUUAAGAUACAAUCAAACCUGUGUCACGUUCUCUACCGGAAGUAACAAGACAAGAGGCACUGUGCCCCCACCAUCAACUGCCACGCACUAUAUUAUGACUAUCCUUGGCUGUCUCUUUGGGAUGGUCAUAGUGCUCGGCCUGGUGUAUUACUGCCUGCGCAAGAAGAGACAACACGAGGAAAAGCACAAAACGCCUGGCAGCAUGACGAAGACUGCUAUUGAGCUGAAGUAUGGAGGGGAAAUGGAAGCCAGCGCUAUCUCUCACUUAGUUCAGAAACCAAUGCCAGCCUGUGCGGCUGCACCCAGGAUGCCUUUCCUGCCAUCGUCAGGGGAUACAGAGUCACAUAAGCUCCAGGAGCUGAGUGAAACGCCCAAAACCACUAAGGGCAACUAUAUCGAAGUGAGAACAGGGGAGCAUUCUGAUCGGAGGAACCUGGAAGGAGGUGGACAAGGCCGGAGUUCUGCAGCGGAGAUCUCCACCAUUGCCAAAGAAGUGGAUAAGGUGAACCAGAUCAUCAAUAACUGCAUUGAUGCACUGAAAUCAGAAACUGGCUCUUUCCAAGGAGGAAAGGCUGGGGCCGUGGCUUCAGUGGACCCUCAGGUGUUAAUGAUCACUGAGCAACCCCAGAGCAAGGCCGGAUUCCUGUCGCCCAUUUCAAAGGAGAGUUACCAUCCACUGCAGAGGCACAGCAGUAUUGAAGCCACCCCGAAACGCCCCAGCACCUCCUCCAGCGGCUCUGCAAAAAGUCCCAGAUCCUUCCACUCUGACACCUCGGUGCCAGGGCACGCCUGCAGAUCCGAGGCACAGUACAUCGAGAAGGCUUCUCCGAUCGCAGCUGGCAGCCCAGCCACAGUCCCACGGGUACAGCAGCGCAGUGAGCACCGCCAUACAUACCCGGGCCGGCGCCAGACCGAGCAGCCACCGCCAGAGGGGCCGAGCGGCCGCAGCAAGCCCUCCAUCCUGGAGCCACUCAGCCGGUCCCGGCGGGAAAUGCCAUACUCCCAACUGUCACCUCAGUACCAUAAUCUCAGCCACACAUCCAGCCCAGAGUACAGCAGCAAGCCGCCACUGGGAAUCUGGGAACGCUUCAGACUGCACAAGAAGAGGCACAAAGAAAGUGAGGAAGAGUACAUGGCAGCGGGACAUGCCCUAAGGAAGAAGGUGCAAUUUGCCAAGGAUGAGGACCUGCACGAUAUCCUCGACUACUGGAAGGGUGUCUCCAAUCAGCACAAAUCUUGA